AUGUUAAUUAAAAAUGAAAAUAAUGAAAAUAAAAAAUAUUUGCUUACAUUAUUACCGAAAAAAGAUCGGCUACGUUUUAUAUUAACAAUCAUUGUAUGUGGCUAUUAUAUUUCAAUCAAUUCAAUACAAUAUUCUAAUCAAAUACGUUUUAUUAUGGGUGAUUUAUUGAUCACACAUAUAGAAAAAACUGAUCCAUUAUUAUGGAAUCAUUUUCGAAAAAAUAUGGCAUGGCUUUUUGGUUAUACAGGCAUGUUUAUUGGUUAUUUUUUUUAUCAAUCAUUCAAUACAAAAAAUAUCAAAGCAUUUCAGACAUUUAUAUUGUUUACAAUUGAAACUAAGGAUAAUUUCAGUAUAGAAAAAUUAUAUGAAAAAAAUCCAAUGAAAUAUUGCCGAUCAACAGCCAAACUAAUUGAAAAAAAUCUAUUUCAUUUCUAUUCAAUACAUCAACGAUUGAUAAUAUUUUUUGAAGAAUGUCAAAAAUAUUAUUCCAAACUAUUUCUACUCAGUGUUAUUGGUACGAUACUAUCAAGUCAGAUUAUAUUGAAAACUUUAAGAUUUAUACCUGAUGAUAAUUAUAUAAUAAUAUUAUUAUAUUAUAGUCUAGCCGUUGAUUAUAUAAUCAUUUUAAUAUUAUCAUUUACAGUAUCAUUAUUUAAUAAACAUUUAAAUUCAAUACGAUAUGAUCUACAACAAACAAUUUAUCUGAUGAAUUGUUCAUCACCAUCGUUUCAAAAUAAAUUUCGAAUGUUAAUGUAUUAUGAACGAUUAGUUUAUCCAGGAAAAUUAUGGGGAUUUCAAAUUGGUACUAUAACCGUUAUGACAACUGCAACAUUUUUAAAAGUAUACCAUAGAGAUAAACAUUAUUUUAAUUAA